AUGACCGAAUCAACCUCCACCAUCAUCCUCAACAAAGAAGACAUAGCCGCAGAAGUCGUCUACAAACCCUGGGACCUCUUCGUCUACGAGAUCUGGGUCCUGGGCAUUGUCAGCACCUGGGCCUGGGGCUGCGCCACCGACGAGUACCUCCUCCCUCAAUUCCGAUCCAACGUGGGUAAGAACCACCUCGACAUCGGGACUGGAACCGGCUACUACCUCCGCAGGGGCCAGAUUCCAGCCUCAACCCAACUCACCCUAUUAGACAAGGAACAGCCUGCGCUGGAAGUGGGUCUCAAACGGUGUGGCCGAUCGGAUGCCCAAGGAGUGAUCGCGGACAUUCUACAUCCGCUGCCUUUGCCGGAGAAAAAGUUUGAUUCGGUCUCUCUGUACUACCUUCUACAUUGUAUUCCAGCUACGGUGGAGGAGAAGUGUGCGAUUUUCGCGAAUAUCAAGCGUAACAUGACCCCCGAUGGUGUUAUCCAUGGUGCCAAUGUGUUGGGUAAAGGGAUCAGAAAGGAUAGUUCGUUCGCGGCUUAUAUUCGACGGGGUGUUCUGAGAGCCGGGAUCUUCCAUAAUCUGGAUGACAACGCCUAUGAUUUUGAGCAUGCGUUGAGGCAAAACUUUGAAGAGGUUGAAGCAGCGGUUGUUGGGUCCGUCUUCAUGUUUCGUGCUGCAAAGCCGAAGUACGAUUUAUAG